CACAGCGAGGGUGCGCAAUCCUGCGCUUGACGUUUUGAACCCUGAGGCUUGCCGUCCAGGAAAAUUGAGCUGUGUUUUUAUCACGUGACAUGUGGGCUGCGUGUUCCGUAUUGCGAGCGAUUGCUAAAACUAUCAAAUGUUAAGUUAAAAACUUGCAAACAGACAGACAAAACAAAAACAAAAAAAGGAAUUUGCUCUCGCGAUUUUUCUGCUUUAUCAAAUUAUCAGGUAUGGGUUUUAUCGCGUCUUUCCCUGUAGCAUUGUGUUGCCAAUGCGCCUGCUGUGUUAAACAUUACAUCACACAUGAUUGUUCGCUUCUGCCCGCACUGCGGCACCAAGAUUGAGGCCGGUUUUAAAUUCUGCCCGUCCUGCGGGGUGAUGCUGCCUCAGCAGGACCCCGAGGAAACUGUGACAGACAGCAUCUCCCAGAUGGCUGUGUCCCAUGCCAGCCCCUAUUCAGCGAGCUGCAGCACAGGGCAGGGCAGCCACAUUGAUUUGCCGCCGCGCUCUCCAUUGUGUACGACUCCAAUGAAACGGGUGCUGUUCGCCAGUAUCAAAGAGGAGGAGGAGAAGCGCGUCGCAGAGUCGUCUGUCAUUUCCAAAUCGGCUUCUGCAGACCAGAGCUCCCCCCUCUCUGUGACAUCACGCUCUCCUCUGCGGGCGUCCCGCUGUGCCAGGAAGCGUCCGGGACCCUCGAGGGUGAAAGAGAAGGAUGUGCACAGCAGCGAGACCGCCCCCUCCCCCUCCCCCUCCCUCUCCCCCUCCCCCUCCCCCUCUCCCUCCCCACGCUCCAAAGCUCAGGCCAAAGGCAAAGGCAAGAGAGCCCGGAGAAUGAGUGGCAUCGAGCCGCUGUCAGAGAACGAGGUCCUGACCGACACCAGCAACAAGAAGUGGAGGCUCGCGAAGCUGCUGGAGCAGAGCGACUGCGGGAUUCUCUAUGGAGCUGUCCUGUAUACUUCCGGAGCUUGUUCAGAAGAUUACAAGUACAUUCUCAAACUGGCUGCCAAGGAUGGAAAAAUAUUCAAUGAACAGAAUUUCUUGCAGCGUGCAGCGAAGCCAGCAGCAGUUGAUAAAUGGAGGAAACACCACAAGAUGCAUUUCCUGGGGAUCCCAACCUGUGUCGGCUUCGGGCUCCAUGCAGAUACCUACAGGUUUCUAAUCCUUCCAAACAUGGGCGUGACCCUGCAGUCCAUCAUGGGUGAGAACGGAGCCUCGCUGUCUGAGAGGGCUGUCUUUCAGGUGGCCUGCAGGAUUCUUGACGUUCUGGAGUACAUCCACGACAAUGAGUAUGUACACGCAGAUAUCCGUGCAGAAAACGUGUACGUGGACCCCACGGAUCUCAAGCAGGUACACCUUGCCGGGUACUGUUACGCAUUCCGCUACAGCCCCAGUGGCAACCACGUUGAGUACCGAGAACUCAGCAGGACACCACACGAGGGCGCUGUGGAGUUCCUCAGCAUCGAUUCCCACAAAGGGGCGGGCCCGUCCCGUCGCAGUGAUCUCCAGUCUCUGGGGUACUGCAUGCUGAAGUGGAUGUGCGGCUCCCUGCCCUGGUCCGAUCAGAUCGACAACCCCAGCACUGUCAUGGCAGAGAAGGAGAGGUACAAGACGGACGUGAAGGGUCUGCUGGAACAGGGCUUCGGUAAAAGAAAAACUUCAGCAGCUCUGCAGGUUUACCUGGAUCAGGUGAUGGCUCUGGGCUACAACGAAAAUCCAAACUACGAGGAGCUGAGGAACGGAAUCAAAGACGCACUGCAGAAACUGGGGGCUUCAGCGCAGGAUCCCAUCGAUGUCACACUGAUUUAAACACUGCGGAUUUGGUAAAUAAUGGUAGAAUCACUGGGGAAAGAAUAUGUUCUGUUUGUGGAUUAACUAAAUGUUCCAGCUAAAACUAAAAAUAUAUUUUUUAUAAAGUUUUACUCCUGAUAGCUGGCCUUAGAGUCAUGCCCAGUUUCACAGAGCCUAUUAGUGUGCCAAGCAUGUGAUCAAAAGGUAACACGUUGUCCAGGAUAGCCAAGAUCUGUGAACCCAGCCAACUAUACAAUUCAAACAGAUAGUUUCUAAAAAAUGUAAACCCAAAACAAAAUGUGAAUUAGAUAAAGGCUAUAAAAAUAAUAAAAUACACAGCUAAAGAAAAUGUGAGUGAAAAGUGUGGUGCAGAAAGCUAUAUCCAUGGAUGUUUUCUAAUUGUUUUUAUAGAUUUUAGAGGUUUUAUUUUUGGUAUUUUAACUCAUGUUACUGGUUUGAACAACGUUUGCGUCACGUUUUGGUGUUAGGUGCUUUUGAAACUUUUUUAAUAAAAUAAGGCAUGUUGAACAGUUA